AUGAAACUGUUCUGGGUGAGUACCUCUGACCUGCCUGGGCCCAAAUCCUUGUUGUUCCUUAGGAUCGCUGAAGAGUCUCAGGUUACAGGAUAUGGGGAGUGGAGAUAUGGGGAGUGGAGUGAGUGUGCACAACAGUUCAGGGGAUGGUUCAGUGUCCUGUUGUUCACUGGGACCACUAAAGGGUGUCGGAUUACAAUAUAUGAGGAGUGGAGUGAGCGCACACAGCAGUUCAGGGGAUUGUUCUGUGUCCAAAUGGAUCACCCUAGACUCAUAAGAAAAGCUGAUCAUAUGAAGAAGUCUCCUCCAACUGGAAAGAACUCUUGGCUCUGCCUUGUUUUCCUUGAGCUUGAGGUUGAUUUUGUCUCUAUGGCUGAGGAUGAACAACAGCCCUGA